GAAAAACAUAGACGAAGUUUUGAAGUUAACAAAAAGUCAAAAACUUGACGAAAACAACGGUGGGAUGGCGGCUUCCAUACCGUUAGGGAUUAAACUCUUGCCGUCCAUUAAUGUAAACAGAAGUACAUCAUAUAGAAUAUUUGUGUUGAUUUUUACAUUUUUUUGUUACGCCAGUUAUCAUUUGUCUCGUAAACCAAUCAGUGUUGUCAAGAAUGUUCUCCAUCAGAAUUGUUCUGAGGUAACUCCUCAUGGAAAGAUACCAGUUGGUGAAAAUGAUACAUGGUGUGAUUGGGCACCGUUUGAUGAUAAUUCAGCUAAUUCAUUAUUAGGCUACCUUGAUGUCUCGUUUUUAUUUGCCUAUGCAGUUGGUAUGUUUAUAAGUGGUCAUGUAGCAGAAAGGAUACCAUUAAGAUAUUUUCUUUCAUCUGGAAUGAUAAUGAGUGGUUUACUCUGUGCCCUGUUUGGUAUGGGAUAUUUCUGGAACAUACAUGCUUUAGCUUUCUAUAUAUGUGUUCAGAUUGCAAGUGGGUUUUUCCAGUCUACAGGCUGGCCAGCAGUUGUAGCUUGUGUUGGUAAUUGGUAUGGUAAAGGCAGACGUGGUCUAAUCAUGGGAAUCUGGAACUCCCACACUUCUGUUGGUAAUAUCCUCGGAGCAGUCAUACCAGCUAUAUUUGUUAAAACAGCAUGGGGCUGGUCGUUUAUUGUUCCUGGAAUGAUUAUUGGUGGUCUGGGUAUUCUAGUCUUCUUAUUUCUGGUGCCACAUCCUUCUGAUGUUAAUUGUGAUGAUCCUAAUCAAGAUGCCAAACCAUUGCUCAGUAAAGUAUCAGACAACAAUGAAGAGAGUCUGUUAACAUCAGGAGAGAAACACCAGGCUAUAAGUUUAAUAAGAGCUCUUAAAAUUCCAGGCGUAAUAGAGUUUUCAUUAUGUUUGUUUUUUGCCAAACUUGUUAGUUAUACAUUUUUAUUCUGGUUGCCAAAAUAUAUUGAAAAUACAACUCCAUAUGGUGCUACUAAGUCAGCUGAUCUGUCUACAUUAUUUGAUGUUGGAGGUAUUAUAGGAGGUAUACUAGCUGGGGUGAUAUCAGAUCAUUCUGGUGCUAGAGCUUCCACUUGUUUUAUUAUGUUAGCUGCUGCGGCUCCUAUGUUAUAUAUUUAUAAUGUGUUUGGUGAUGUUAGUUAUGGUGCUAGUGUAGUUCAAUUGUUAUGCUGUGGUUUACUAGUCAAUGGUCCUUACGCCUUAAUAACUACAGCUGUCAGUGCUGAUCUAGGUACCCACAAAUCAUUGAUGGGUAACGCUAGAGCUCUAGCUACAGUAACAGCUAUUAUAGAUGGUACUGGUAGUAUAGGAGCUGCUCUAGGUCCACUAGCCACAGGCUGGAUCUCUGCUAGUAGUAGUGAUGGAUGGCAGGAUGUCUUUUAUAUGUUAAUUGGUGCCAAUGUUUGUGCAAUGAUUCUGUUAAGUCGUUUAGUUUAUAAAGAAAUAAGAAGUUUUAGAUGUUUUGGUGGACAAAGAAUUCAUAGUAGUUAG